UUAUUGUCAUAAAAAAAAACAGAGGAUGCAAAUUUUCGUGAAAACCCUGACGGGUAAGACUAUCACCUUGGAGGUCGAAGCCUCGGACACAAUUGAGAACGUGAAGGCCAAGAUACAGGACAAGGAGGGCAUACCUCCGGACCAGCAAAGGUUGAUUUUCGCCGGCAAACAGCUCGAAGAUGGCCGCACUCUUUCCGACUACAACAUCCAGAAAGAGUCCACGCUGCAUCUCGUGCUUCGUCUAAGGGGAGGUGCUAUGGAUCCCACUCUCAAGGCCUUGGCGGAAAAGUACAAUUCGAAGAAACUAAUAUGCCGCAAGUGCUACGCUCGCCUUCACCCACGUGCUACGAAUUGCAGGAAAAAAAAGUGCGGACACUCGAAUCAACUUCGCCCAAAGAAGGAAAUUAAAAAGUAA